AUGACCAUCACCUAUGCGUUGAUCCAGAUGCUGGAGAAGGUUGCUGAGAAAACCAACCGAGCUCGCAUCGUGACGAAGGCGGAGGUGUACAAGCUGCUCGUCAAUGCCGGCACCGUGGUUGGCUGCGAGUACAAGAAGGCCGGCAAGACCGUCAAGGAAUUCGGCCCGAUGGUCCUCGCCUCCGGCGGUUUCGGCGCCGACUUCGGCGCCGAUUCCCUCUUGGCCACGUACCGGCCAGACUUGCUCCACCUCCCCACCACCAACGGCGAACACUGCACUGGUGAUGCCAUCAAGAUGGGAGAGGCCAUCGGUGCAGCCACCAUUGACCUCGAGUGGGUCCAGGUGCACCCCACCGGUCUGGUGAAGCCGGACGAUCCCGAUGCCAAGGUGAAGUUCUUGGCCGCGGAGGCCCUCCGAGGUGUUGGUGGCAUCGUCCUGGAUGCCAACGGCGACCGCUUCUGCAACGAGUUGGGCCGACGCGACUAUGUCACCGGAGAGAUGUGGAAGAACAAGCCGCCCUUCCGCCUGUGUUUGAACAAGGCGGCAGCCGAUGAGAUCAUCUGGCACGCCAAGCACUACACUGGCCGUGGUGUCAUGAAGUUCUACGCCUCAGGAGAGGACUUGGCAAAGGACAUGGGCGUCCCUCUGCAGAAGAUUGUGGAUGCCCACCAGAAGCACUUCGAGGCGGCAAAGAAGCAGGAGAAGGUUGUCGCUUCCAGUGCAUAA